CCCCAAAGCCCAAGUGUAACCACUUGUCCGCCAUUUUCCAGCCGCAUAACCCAGCGAAGCCUGUGAGCUACGAUGCGACCCUUGUUAGAUCGUUUUCUACCGCCAUUAGUCACUAGUCAGCCUUAGGCUCCUAACUUAUUUUUUAAUUUUUGUCCGGAAUUUCGUUAUUUAUUCAAGUUUAUUAUUAAAUGUUAUUUAAAUAAAAGAAUGGAUGAUGAACAACAAUUCUGUUUAAAAUGGAACAAUCAUCAAUCAACUUUAGUUUCUGUUUUCGAUUCGUUAUUAAGAAGAAAUCAAUUAUUAGACUGUACACUAGCUGCCGAGGGGCGUUCACUUAAAGCUCACAAAGUCAUAUUAUCAGCAUGUAGUCCAUAUUUUGAAAGUUUAUUAGCAGAUUAUUAUGAUAAACAUCCUGUGUUUAUCUUAAAAGAUGUGAAAUUUAAAGAAUUAGAAGCAAUGAUGGACUACAUGUACAGAGGCGAAGUAAAUGUAUCACAAGAUCAAUUGGGCCCACUCUUAAAAGCAGCAGAAUCUCUUCAAAUAAAAGGAUUAUCAGAUAACAGACGAGAAUCUAGGUCAAAUAAUGAAGAUAGAAAAAGAGAACCACCUAUAUUACCGCCUAGAGAUAGAACACCACCACCUGCCCCAUCGUUACCACAAGUAAAAGGCUUAGUAAUAGAACAGAAAAAAGUAGAUAUAAUGAAUAUGAAUAAUAGGGAAGGUUCUCAAUCACCCGGUAGAAGAAAAAAACGUCGUAGGCAAAGUAUAGAUGCGGAUGCCGGUAAUGAUAGUUCAAUUGAAAAUCAUGAUGGAGCAUCCAACGGGUCAUCUAGUGUUAGUGUUAGUCAACCAAUUGUACCUCCGAAUGUGCCUCUAAAUGAUUCUAGAUCAGAAUUAUCAGCAGCGUCCUCAGUAAAAACGAAAACAGAAGAAAAUAUGCCUCAAGUUCCUUUAAAACAAAAAUUAGAACCCCAUUCUGAAUUAAUGCUUGAACCAAAGUCUGAAUAUAUUGAAGAAGAUAUGAAUGACGACAGUAUUGAGGACUUAACACUAGAUGAUGACGAAUUGGACAUGGAUCAUAAUAGACCUGGACCAUCUCACGGUGGUCAAGGUGACGGCUCUAAUCAAGGAUUUGGAUGGCAAAUGGACCCUUCACAAGACGAAACAUUUAUGGCAGCACAGGAAGCAGUAGGACAACAUCGAGACGCACAAGAUAUCCCUUCAGUGCAUUCGCGAACAUGGUGGAACAUUUGUAUCAAAGAUGUAAAAUCACUAUCAGAUGCUAACAUUUAUUCUGAAAAUAAUGAUGAAAAAAAUCAAACUGUAGAAAACAUAUCCCAGGCUCAACAUUCAGAGCAUCAAGUAGUGCGAAAUGUUUGUGUAUUUUGUUUGAGAGGUCCUAUUAAGGGUAAUAAGGGUAUUAACGGUAAACAAGAAAAUCUGAUUGUUAGUGAUAAAAACAUGUUUGUAAAGGCUAUUGACAAAUAUCAAGAAUAUAUUGGUGACACGGACGUUUAUAAAAUAUUGAAAGGCGAAGAAGUGCUGACAUGUCAUCGCAGUUGUCGACGAAAAUAUAUAUAUUCUUUGCAAAUAUUUGAUGAUAAGCCUGAAACUGAAUAUUGCAAGAAACGUCGAUACCAUGAAGAAGCCUUUCGCUACAUUUGCUUAUUUAUUGAUAAGAAUGUAAUUCAAGACAAGAAAUUUUAUUUUUUAUCAGAAUUAAAUGAAUACUACAUGGAUUGUAUACAAGAACAAGCCAGUGCAGAUGGGAUUACCUUUAACCGCACUCUUAAUAAAGAGCAACUUGCAGUAAAAUUACGUAAAGAAUACUGCCGCAAUGAUUUAACAAUUACUGUGAUGCAUCAAAUAAAAAUUGUUGGUCCUCCAGAUUGCCAAAUAGAUGAAUAUACUUUCAAGUUACUGCUAGAAAAACAUAAUAUUCACAAAGCUGCGAAAAAGAAACGUAAAAAAUUAUUAGAUAUGAAAGAAAACUGAACUAUGCGAAAGCAU